AUGUCGGAGGUAACGAUAACAGACGACGCCUCGUCGGAUAGCAAGCGACGGACCUCGAGAGAGACCAUGUCCAAACUUAUGACGCCUAACCCAAACCGUCGAAAGUCUUCGUUUCUAAAGCUGGCACAGAGCUCACAACAGGGAAUCCAUAUCAGGCGCAUGACCAAGGCGCUGUUAGGACCAACCCAUGAGACACUGGAGGAACCUCCGGAAAGCAAACCGAAAAUUCGAUUAGAAAAUACAUACAAAAUGAAGCCGGAUGAUUGCUUCAUGCCAUUCAAAAUUCGCAAUGAGAUCUCUGCGAUACUUCAUGAAUAUCUUGCCAACGUGACCUAUGACCCGAUCGUGUGCGCUAGACUGUGUUGUGAGAUUUCAGUGGCUAUUAAGAACAAGGUGAAGAGUAUGAACACCCCGCGACACAAAGUAAUAUGUAACGUGUUUAUCAGUCAACAAACAGAAAGUGGCAUUCAAGUUGCUAGUAGGUGUCUCUGGGACGCAAGCAACGACAGUCACGCAUGCGUAACGUACAAAAACAGUUCUCUGGUAGCUAUUGGUCUGGUCCAUGGAAUAUUUUACGAGUGA